AUGAGUGACAUGAUACCCAUCGAGUACGUAUCCGGCCGACCAACACUGUGUUUUAAUGUCCUAAGCAGACGACGAGGCACCUACCUAUCAUACAUCAACGUUGUAGUCGGCAUCGGCUCCGGACUAGGGGCUACAUUCGGUGGUGCCAUUGCCGAGACCAUAGGCUGGAGAUGGGAAUUUGGCGUGCAGGUUCCUCCGCUCCUAGUAUGCUUAGGGAUUACUUCAGUAGUUAUCCCAGAUAAGUUGGGCAUACUUGGUGACAGGGAGUCUGUCAGCCAGGUCAUUAGAGGCUUUGAUGCACUUGGAGCGUCGUUGCUUACCAUGGCUGUGUCAACGCUCACUCUUGGUUUGAACAUCGGCGGCAAUAUCAUUCCUUGGUCUCACCCAUUUGUGGUCACUUCUCUGGUGGUAUUUACCACUACUUUUCCAGCCUUCCUCUUGACGGAGUCCCGCGUGGCAAAGCCCAUCAUGCCACUGAAAUUUAUCUUUUGCAGGCCGCGUGCUAACUUGAUCCUGUCCAACUUCUUUGGUGCUAUAAUAUCGAAUGCCAUCCUCUUCAACAUGCCGCUAUACUUUCAAGCUGUGCUUUUAACCAGCGCCACGUCAUCUGGCCUCCGGCUUAUGCUCCCAGCUAUCCUAUCAUCUGCGACAGGUGCUUUGACGGGGCUCUUAAUCACCAAGACGCGCCGCCUACAUUGGCCACUUGUGUGCGCCGCAGCACUGUAUCUGUGUACUAUCAUAUGUCUCAUCUGCAUUCAGCGCGGCUUGUCCGCUGCUAUGUAUCUACUCGCCUUAGUUCCAUACUCUGUUGCGAAUGGACUACAGUACACUACUACCGCUGUGGCGGUCCUCGCCACCUCAUCGCGAGACGAGCAGGCCAUAGUCAUGAGCACUCUUACCAUCUGGCGCAGCCUGGGCACAGUCUUAGGCGUCGCACUUAGCAGCGUCCUCGUUCAGAAUGCACUCUUACGAUGCCUCCAUCUCUUUGUCCAUGGGCCUCACAAAGACGAGGUCAUUGCCCUGGCGCGGGCCUCAAUCCAGGCCAUUGCAAAACUGGACCAACCAUAUCGGCAACAGGUAGUGCAAAGCUACGAGGCUGCAUUACGGGUAGGGUUCGGAUCAUGUCUCAUUAUCGCAGUUAUUUCUGCGCUCCUGAUUGUGCCUAUUAAGUUACCACGGUUACCGUCGUCUGCGAAAAGCUAG